AUGGGGAAUAACAGAUCAAUAGGGAUAGAGAAGCUUAAACGUAAUGCGAGAAUACCAGUUCCUGAAGAAUUUGGCCGAAACAUGUUAGGUGUUUUGGAUGAAUCAAAGACUUUAAAAUAUGGCCAAGUGUUUGUUCAGUAUAGCAAAGAUAUAUCUGAUCAAAACUCUGGCACAGAAAUUUUGCAAGGGCCAGUUAUUGUGACAAAAAAUCCUUGUUUACAUCCUGGAGAUGUUAGGAAGUUUACUGCUGUUAAAAAUAAGUAUGUGCUUAAUAAUAAGCAUCUGCGUCUUUUGAAAGAUUGCAUUGUUUUUCCUGCACAAGGUAAAAGACCACAUCCAGAUGAAAUGGCAGGAGCUGAUUUGGAUGGCGAUGAAUUUGUCGUUUUAUGGCAUAAACCAUUAAUUUUUAAAAGAAGGAAUUUUGAACCCAUGUAUUAUCCUGUUUAUGAAGAAACUACCAGUUUAAGGAAUAUAGAAAUGUCAGAUGUGGUGGACUUUUUCUCUCAUUACAUUGAAAAUGAUAGUAUUGGCACAUUUGCUCAUGCUCAUCUCGUUUGGGCUGAUAAGUUAAAAAAUGGCAUUUUUUCUGAGAAGUGUUUGGAUAUAGCAAAGCGUUAUCCAUAUGUGUUAGAUUUUGCUAAGCAUGGUACCACAGAAUAUCUAACUAAGGGGAAUAGACCGCACCAGUAUCCUGAUUUUAUGCAAAAAGGUCUUACUGGUAACACUUACCAUUCAAAAAAGGCACUGGGAUCUCUAUAUCGGGCAUCAAGGGUACUAGAUGCAUGCUCUAGCAAGAUUAAUUUAUUUUCUUGUAAUUUUUCAUUUGAUCCUUAUCUGAGAUAUCCUGAAUGGGAGCAAUAUGAAAAAUCUGCAAAGAUCCAUAUGCAGGGCUAUACUGGUGUUCUUUUGCAAUUGUUAGAAAGGUAUAAUUUGAGGAGUGAAGCUGAAGCAUUUUCUGGUUUUGUGGAAUUAGAUAUCUGCAAGACAUGGCGGCAAGAAAAGUCAAAUUACAUUCAAAUAAUAAGAAGAUAUCUUACAAAUCUUAUACAAACAUAUAGAAAUAUUUUCUUUAAAGAAGUUGAGGAAGAAGCUGUGAAAUAUUGUUUAGAUAAGGAAGAAAUAAAGGAAAGGAAGUAUCGGAGAGCUUCAGCAUGGUACAUGUCUUUAUAUGGUGAAAAACCAGUGAGAAUUUUAAGUUUCCCAUGGGUUGUAAGUGAUAUCCUUGCAGAAGUUAGACAAGUGAUGGUGAAUAAGAAUGACGGUGUUAGGCAGUUUGAACAUUAUUUUACAUUUUUUACCGAUAUUGACACUGAUAUACGUGAUUGUAUUAAUUCUGGUUCUUUGAAGUGUAAUCCAACAGAAACAGUUACUUGCUCAUGUAUAAAUAUUUGUGAAAGUAUUCUUUUUCAAUGGAUAUCAAAAUCAGGAUUGAAUGUUAGAGCAAACGAACAGGGUUUUUACUGUGACAGUUGCUGUCAGCGAAUCAUUUCACAUUGUAAGUCCAAUUCUGCCCAGUAUUGCUGCAGUGCCAGAAAAGGAGAAACGUGUAACUGUUCCGAUACAUGUUCUCCAACUAAACUUAUUAUGCAUUUCUUGAAAUUCUUAGUUAAGAAUGUGAAUUAUACGAUUGGUGAGUGCGCGGAAAAUUGUGCUGGAUUCCUGUCACGUAAUCUUCAAGAACUGUCACUGCAAACGCUUUCAUAUGUGGCAAUUACACGAAAUAUUCGAUACUUUGGUGUCAAUUUUGACACAAAUAAUUUUACGAAGGAUGCAGUUAUUUCGAAAAUAGAUGAAAGUGUAUUUGAGGAAGAGGGGGAACCUAUAAAAAUACCUGUACAAACCUUACUUUUGAAAUAUAUGAUAGAAAAUUACAAAAAUCAAAUUAAAGAAUAUUUAAUGAAUGAAUCAGGUGUAAAAUGUAUUAUAUUGCGUCCAGAGAUGGAUAUGCAUAAUAACCCUUGUUUAAUGGUAAAUUCUGUCGGUAAAAAUUGGCACAGAUGGAAUUUACAAGAAAUUCUUCUUGAUCCUGAUUUCACAGAAAAACUGAAAAAAAAUAUAGGUGUUACAGAUAUACCUGUACCAAGUUGAAUUCCUACAGAGAAAAAUCAAGUUCAGAAUAUUAGAACUUAUUAUUAAUUUUAUCUCAUAGAUUAUUUCAUUUGUAUAUAUACUGAGAGGGAAAAAGGAAUUAGAAAUUUUAGAACUAAGCGUGGCGUCACAGUUCAUGUACUUUGAAGUCUCUACUGAAUUUUAAAUGAUAUUUUUUGGUAAUGUAUUAAGUUUUGUAUUUCUCAGUGUAUUUUAUUUACAUUUUAAAAUAUGAUUUUAAUAUAUUAAAUAUACAUUAGCUGA